AUGACUCAAUGGGAUAUCAUUUAUGGUAUAAUAUUGCUUGAGUUACCAUCGAUAGCAUUGAUUAUAAUAUUUGGUACAUUUGUUGUCCAAUGCAAUGUCAUUGGCGACGUUAAAGGUGGUGGUAGUAGUAGUGGUAGUACUGAUGAGACACCGAUAGCACCYAAAGCCAAAAAGAUACAAAUAGUUUACAUUAAGGUCCCACUCUCUAAAGUUCUUGAGACUCCCAGCGAUAGUUACUCUAACGGUGAAAGAGGUUUUAAUGACGGCAACCCCAGUGCCAUCCCUGGCGAGGGUAGAGUUCCUAAUUAUGCCAAUAAUAACGGUGAAGGAGGAUAUGGAGGCUUUAAUAGUGCAGAUAAUGGAGGUUACGACGGAUCAAAUCAAAAUGGAUUUGAAUCAUUCAGACCAAGUGGUGGUCAAGAGGUUUAUGGACAACAAAACUAUGCAAAUCAAGAACAACAACAAAGUUUUCAAAAUUAUGGAAAUAAUGUUCAAAAUUUCAAUCCAAAUGAUGGCAAUAUGGGUAUGGCUUAUGGAGCUGCUGUCGGCAAUGCUUUGCCACAAAAUCACACCGGCAAUUAUGGUCAGGAAAGCCAAAACUCUGGUUAUACUCAACCAAAUAAUCAAAUAAAUUAUGACCAAAAUAACGGUUACGGACAACAACCUCCUGUUUAUAAUAAAAGACCUCCAAAUUCUUAUGAUGGAUACAGUGGUGAAAAUUUUGAUAAAAAUAAAUUGAGAAAAGGAUUUCCGAAAAUGAUUGCAAAUUUUAGACCACAAAUCCCUAUUAUGUCAACUCUUCCAGCGUUUACAAUGAAAGGCUUCAAUCCUUCGUUUGGUUCAAGUUUUCCGUCAUUUGGCGGACAAAUGUUCCCAACAAUGGGUGGUAUGACUGGUGUUCAGGGAAUUACAGGAUUGUCGGGUAUAUCUGGAAUCGGCGGUAUCACCGAAAGCAUUAAAGGACUCGGAGGAAUCAAAAACAAAAUAUCAAUGCUUUUUGGCAAUAAGUUCGGAAUGGGUGGUAACGGAGGUUUAUUAGGUGGUGUCAUGGGCUGGGAUUAA